AUGGUGAUAAUAAUCAUAGGAACAUGCCUUACUAAGCAACAUUCGUGCGCAAGAAUCGAUGAAGUUCUUUCAGACUGUUGCGCUGACAUGCAUUCGGUUGUAAGAGGCUACAUGAAGCUGAUGUCAGAUUAUCCAGUCGAAUUUGGCCGCCAAAUUUCAAAGUUACCCGUUGUUAAUACUUACGAUGAGAUUGCUGACGUAUUUGGCUGA